AUGGAGAUCCUCGAGAGAAACAUCAAAGUGACACUGGUCGGUGAUGCGCGUGUUGGCAAGACGAACUGGGUAAACAUGGGGAUAGAUGGCGAGGAUACAGAUGAUUAUAUUCCAACAAUGAAUUACCAAAGUCGCCUGCGUGCGUUUAGUUCUUCAUUCUUCGACGAUUGGUGGUUUACACCCCAGGAUAGGGCAAAAUGGAUCGAAGAUAGCGAUGCCGCUAUCAUUAUGGUAGAUCUCGCUAACCAGGAGAGUAUCAAUAACACAAUCUUGUGGUAUCGAGAAAUUAUAUCAUUCCAGCAACACUCCGAUAACCUGAAACAUUUGCCGAUCAUGAUCUUUGGCUACAAGGCCUAUGAAGAUGAUGCCAAAUACAAGAUAAAGCCGACAGAGAUCUCUUGGCCUGAGGAGAUGGGGUCCACGCCCUUUCACUACAAUGAAUAUCUGGGUGAGCAUGAAAAUUGGAUGACGGAUAAGACUGAAUAUUACGAGGGCUUUAUCGUCCAUUACCCUCCUGCACCCGACAGUGGGUAUUGGAAUGCACCUUCUCCCGGUACACUUGAGAAAUGGAAGAGAGAAAUGGAGGAGGCGUGUAAACUGCCUAUGCCAGAAGACAGUGACGUAGAGUUGUGA